AUGACUUCAAGGCGGAAAUUGUCCAAAUCUACUGCCCAUGGAGAAAAUCUAUUAGAAGAGUCACCAAAAAUGAAGAAGUCUCGGAUCUCUGGUAAGAAAAAGACAGAUCCACAAGAUGGCAUUGUAGAGAGCAACAAUGUUUUUGGACAGCUCCUCAAAGCAGCGGGAAUUACAUUAAAAGCUGGAGAAAAACAGAAUGAAAUAGCUACAGAUGGAGCAGUUUUCCAGAAGAAGCUUCAUCAGGCCUUGAGGAAGCACCCUUCUUGUCCACAGAUUGUUGAAGAGUUGGUCAGUGGUUUAGAAUCCCACAUUGAAAACAGAGAUCAGUUCAGGAAUUGCCUUCUUCCUUGUGUACCUGCACAGAGUCAGGAAAUGAGUAAUGCAGUUCAUUCAUAUUGUGAAAGUCUCAUUAAACUACUCCUUGGAAUUGAGAUAUUACAGCCUGCUGUUAUAAGACUAUUGUUUGAGAAACUCCCUGAAUUUUUUCACGAAAGUGUGGGUAGUGAUGGACUCAAUUUGCCCCGGCUGAUUAUCAAUCAGUUAAAAUGGCUUGACAGGAUAGUUGACAGCAAGGAUCUUGUCUUGACAGUCAUGCAGAUUAUUUGUGUUUCUCCUCUGUCAAUCCAACAUGAUAUUAUCACAAGCUUGCCAGAAAUCCUAGAAGAUUCCCAGCAUAGUGAAGUUGCCAGAGAGCUUAGUUCAUUGUUAAAGGAGAAAACUGAGCUAACUGUUCCAAUUCUGGAUGCCCUUUCCAGUUUGAAUCUUGAUCUGGAGCUUCUAUCAGAGGUACGCCAGUCUGUCAUGGUCACAGUGGCUGCUGUUAGAAUGGAAGAUUUGCCAGUAAUAGUCAAAUUUAUUCUUCGUUCCAUCAAGUCCACUGAUGCAGUAGAGGUAAUUUCUGAUCUUCGCAAGAAGCUGGACCUGGAUUCUUGUGUUUCCCUUCCAUGGAUUCAGGCUUCUCAGAGCAAGCUCAAGAGCCAGCCUCAGGGAAGUCUCUCAGCAAACCAAGUGAACAUUAGCCAGGACUGUGUAAAGCUUCUUUUUGAUGUUAUAAAGUCAGCUGUUAAAUUCCAGAAGAUUAUUUUGGAAGCCUGGGUUAAGGCUAUUGAGAAUGUCGCUUCUGCCUCUGACCAUAAGGUUCUGGAUUUGAUAGUGCUGCUGAUAAUCUGUGCAACAAAUGCCAAAAACAAGAAGCAAAUUGAAAGGGUCCUGAGGAACAAGAUUCGAUCGGGCAGUAUACGGCAGCAGCUGCUGCAGAAUGCCUUCCGGCAUCACUCACAAGUAAUGAGAGACCUCUUUCCAGCCAUCCUGUCACUGGCUGAGAUCUUUCUGCAUGCUCUGGAUCCCUGUAUUGUCUCUUUUGGUAGCUCCAUGUACAAGCAAGCAUACGCAGCCUUUGACACAUAUUGUCAGCAGGAGAUUGUGGGUGCUUUGGUGACGCAUGCAUGUGGUGGAAAUGAUGUUGAAGUGGAUGUCUCUCUGGAUGUGCUCAUUGACCUGGUGUCUGUUCAUACUUCAUCAGUAGUCCCAUAUGCUGUCUUUUUGAAGAGCAUUUUAGACUACAUGGACAAUCUAAGCCUACAGCAAAUCCGGAAGCUCUUCCAUAUCCUUUGCAUGCUGGCAUUCUGUCAGGAACGCAGAGGCAGCCACAUUCAGGAUGAUAUGCACAUGGUGAUCAGGAAGCAACUCUCCAGUACUAUUGCCAAGUAUAAGCGCAUUGGAAUUAUUGGUGCAGUUACCAUAGUGAGCAACAUGGCAGCAAAGAGGAGUAAAGAAAAUGGGCAUCUAUUGGAAAGAGCACCACUAAGCAAGGAGCAGUGUAGACAGAUUACAUCUUUGCUGGAUCUAGUGUCCUCCUGCUGCAAGGAGUUUCCCCAAGCCUUGGCUCUGUACUACGAUGAACUUGCCAGUUUGAUUCAGAAAGGGAAUCUGGACUUGCAGAUCCUGGACUGGAUUGAGAAUAGUGUGGUGAAGGACUUUGAGGCAGAUUAUGUGACAGAAUUCCCCCCUUCGCGUGAUAGUGUUUCCCUCCUCCCAGUGAAGGCCCUAUAUAGCUUGGAAGACGAGGAGAGUGAGGGAAUGAUUGUUAUUAACUUGUUGCCUCUGCUGUCUCAGAGCUAUCUCAGCAUGGAUGAAACAUCAGCCGUAAGCAAGGAGAAAAGGCUGGUGUCUCCAGUGUGCCUGCCACCGUUCUUCCGGCUGCUGAGGCUCUGCGUCUCAGAAAUGAACAAUGGAAACCUGGAAGAGAUUGAUGCCUUGCUGGGAUGUCCAUUAUAUCUGACUGAUUUUCCAGAGGAAAGGAAGUUAAGCUCAUUAUCAAAUCAAGAGCGUGGACUCCUCUGUUCACUCUUAUUUCAUACACUUAAUUGGUUUCGUGAGGUUGUAAAUGCUUUCUGCCAACAAGAAGAUCCUGAGAUGAAAGGGAGAGUUUUGGCUCGGCUACAGAACAUUACAGAGUUACAGUGUCUGAUAGAAAAAUACUUAGCAGCAUGCCCUGGCUAUGUUCCUCCUCCUGCUAAUUUUGAUUCUGAAACUUUGGAGGGAGUACCUGAUAUCAGUACUGUUGGUCCCACCAAAAAGACCAACAAAGGAAAGAAAAGGAAAAAAUCUGACAGCAGUAAAAACAGCUCUACUAACAAUUCACAGCAGGAUGAAAACACAGAGGACAAUCAGCCUGAAACUGAAACCAGCCAGCCAGAAAAGGACUCCAAAGAGAGUGAACUGGGAGGCCCUUUGGUACAGCUGCAGAAUUACAGUGCAUAUUUCCGUGAAUUAGAUUUUGAGGUUUUCACCAUCCUUCACAAUGGAUUGCUGACCAAGUCUGUUCUGGACACAGAGAUGCACACAAAGACCCGUGAGGUGGUACAGAUAGGGCCAGCAGAGCUCCUGUUCCUUCUGGAAGAUCUGUGCCAUAAGCUGGAACGUAUACUGAUACCAACCUCUGCAAAGAGAGCCCCUUUCUUAAAGGGAAAAGGAAGCAGGAAUGUUGGAUUCUCACAUCUUUGUCAAAGAUCAUCUCAAGAAGUGAUUGAGUGUGCUGUACAACUGUUAAAGCCAUUGUGCAACCACAUGGAAAAUAUGCAUAACUUUUUCCAGGCACUGCUGGCAGAGAACCAUGGUGUGGUUGAUGCACCAGGAGUCAACAUUCAAGAACACCAGCUAAUGUCCUCCUGUUACCAGCGAUUACUACAAGUCUUUCACCUCAUCUUUGCAUGGAGUGGAUUUUCUCAACAUGAAAAUCAUAGCUUACUGAAAACAGGCCUCCAAGUCCUUGUACACAGACUCAAGCCAGGAGAGGAGGAACUCCCUCUUGAAGAACUGCUCAGACAAAGUUUUCAGUAUUUGCAGAAUUUCCAGCACAGCAUCCCCAACAUUUAUUGUGCACUGAGCCUCACUCAGCUUCUACUUGUUAUUGCUGAAAAAUCUAUGAUGAACUUGAAAAAUGAUAAAAUAGCUUCCAUCACUAAACAGUUUCUCUGCCAAUCUUGGAUAGAGCCCAGUGGAGCUCGUCAGAAGGGCAGGCAGUUUAAUGAUGCUCUCCACACUUUGUUCUGUAUCUAUUUGGAGCACACAGAUAAUAUAUUGAAAGUUAUAGAAGACAUUUCCAGCAUUGGAAUUCCAGAGCUGAUUCGUUCUUCUAAAGAUGGCUACUCUUCUACUUACCCUACUUUGACCAGGCAAACAUUUCCGGUUUUCUUCCGAGUGAUGAUGGCCCAGCUGGAAGGCUCAGUGAGAAGCAUUCCUGCUGGAAGACUGUCAGAGUCAAGUGAGGUACACCUGGAGAAGUUGCUACAUUGGAACAUGGCUGUGCGGGAUUUCCACAUCCUUGUUAACUUAGUCAAGGUAUUUGACAGUAGGCCUGUACUCAAUGUUUGUCUGAAGUAUGGCCGUAUGUUCAUGGAAACAUUCUUGAAACUUGGUAUGCCCCUCUUGGACUGCAGCUUUAAAAAGCAUAGGGAAGAUGUUCAGAGUUUGCUGAAAACUUUGCAGCUAAGCACCAGACAACUCCACCACAUAUGUGGCCAUUCCAAGAUUCACCAAGACACAGGACUCACCAGCCACGUUCCUCUACUGAAGAAGUCUCUUGAGCAGUUUGUAUACCGAGUGAAGGCAAUGCUGGCUCUAAAUCACUGUCAGGAGGCUUUUUGGGUGGGCAUCCUCAAAAACAGAGAUCUGCAGGGAGAAGAGAUCCUUUCUCAAACAUCCCAAGAAAGCAAGGAGGAGGAAGAAGUUUCCAUGUUCCCCAGGGAUGAUCCUACAGAGGAAGAGGGAGAGGAGGAAGAUUCAGAGAGUGAGAGUAAGACAGAUACCAGAGACAGUGAUGAAGACAGCUCUGAUUAACCUUGAUCGUAUUGGGUUAACUUUUCAUGACACAGUCUAUUACAACUUGUAACCUGAAGGCUCUGGAGCUGUUGUGACCCUGAUGAGUUGUAUAACUGGUAGCCAGCCAUGCUAAAGCAAGGUGGAUUAUAGCCUGGACUGUAGAAGAUCUGAGGUCUAACAUCCAGCUUUUUAUCUCCAGAAAGUUUUUCACUUUAAAAUAAAAACACACAGCAAUUAUAUAACAUCUACAGCUCUCUCCCUUUAUCCUCUACAUUGUAUGUUUCUCUCUCUGCACAUCUUCCUUUUCACAGCUUUCCUAUAAGGUAUUUAAAAACAUUUAAACUGGAUAAAGGAGAACUGACAGCAGGGGAGGGCAGUAGCUAACACUUUGUGGAAAUAGAAUGUCCUUUUCAUGGAGCCCAGACCCAUAUAUAUUGGGGGCCACAAUAGGAAAUAUUAUAUUGGACUAGCAGCAGAAAUACAUCAUAGUAUGACAUGUGGGAAACUGCUGUUCAUACUCAGAGAUCUCAAGUGACUAAAACACUUGUGGGAAUUCUUUGUACAACCAAAGAGAGAUUUAAAGCUUGAAAACAACUGUAAAGUUAAGAUAGUGUUCAAGAUUUGCACCAAGUGUUGGAGAUUAUUGUUUUAUUUCGUAGGAUUGAAAUGGAUCUAAGAUAAAAGCAAUCCCUGAUUUCUACCCCCAAAGCAGGUCACUUUGUUUCCAUUUUAUCAAUGAUAUUACUUUUAUUUACUUUUAACCACAAUCCAAAGCAGAGUUGUUUUCUUAAGGUCAUGCACCUAACUAUGUUUCAGAUUGUGAUCUUUGUAUUUAUUCACUUUUAGGAGAAAAUGUCCUGCUUUCUUUUAAAAAAAAAAAAGCGUAUAGAAAUGUUUAUGUGGGGAUAUGAGCCAGCAUGUUUAACUCCCUUGUUUAUGAUAAAAUUUCAGUGUUGGCUCAUGUUCUAGAAGGGUUUUUGUUGUUG